AUGUCCAAACAUGUAUUUACUGCUAUAGGAUUGGGAUAUGGUGGACUGGCCAAAUCACCAAAGAAAGGAAAAGAAAAUAUGUCUUCCAUGGAUUCAGACACUGAAAGUAUGCUGUCCGAAAAAGUAUCAUCUACUGCUUCUGAGAGCAGAAAGAAUUCGAAACCAAUCAUGGAGAAACGACGUCGAGCACGAAUCAAUGCAAGUCUGGCAGAGUUGAAGUCUCUACUACUUGAAGUAAUGAAAAAAGAGGGAGCUCGUCAGAAUAAAAUGGAAAAGGCUGAUAUUCUAGAGAUAACUGUGCGACAUCUUCGAACAUUACAGAAGCAACAAUUCUCAGCUCUUGCAACAAGCGAUCCUUCUCUGAUCAACAAAUACAGGUUAGGAUAUAAUGAAUGUGCUUCUGAAGUAAGUUCUUUUCUUGGAUCAAUGGAGGGAUCGGAUGCAGAAGUGAGGUCAAAGCUUCUUAACCACCUCGCCAAUUGUAUGGUGAAUCCAGAACCUUCAUCACAAACAUCGCGAGUACCUUCAUCUCAGUGUUUGGAUAAUCUCAGGUCGUCACCACCUCAAACCACUGUCCUAUGUAAAAGCGAGGAUAUCCAAAACCAUCCUCACCAAACGCCACUUCCAGACAACAAUGUCGUUCAACAUGUUAUUCCGAAUGGUAUGCGAACAAAUAUUAUAGAUAACAGGGUUCUUACUAUUCAAGCCCCGGAAUCAAUUGUAGCAAAUACCUUAAGUGCCACUAUUCCUACCACCACUGCUACGUUACCUGUGCAAGGAUUAAUAAACACUCAAUCUCUUCAAAUCCCACAAUUCCAGCAGCAGCAACAACAGCAACAACACGUACAACAGCUUCAACAACAAAUCGUGCAACAGCCGCAGCAGGUUCAAAUUCAGGCAAUCCAACCACAAUCUACGGUACAGCAACAACCAAGCAUGCAAGUACAGAAGCUUGUCAGCGGUGUACAACUUAUACCAACCAAAAUGUCAACAGGAGAGAUGGCGUUCAUUAUUCCUGCCAAUCUCUUGUCCAAUGGAAACAUGAAUAACUUUGUUAUUCCAAUGUUGCAAUCACAAGCGUUAACAACACAGGUUUCCACCGCAGUAGCUCCAGUAACUGUGGCCUGUACGCAGGCUUUAAACACUGUACAGACUCAAGCCAUCAAACCCGUUCCCGCCGUUCCCAGCAUUCCGACUCGGCCGAAGGAACCAGUGCCUGUUUACGGACAACCUAAUACUAAUAUCAAUGACCAACCAGUUAUAUAUGUUCAGGGCGAGGCGCUCAGAAGCAGGACAGACGAACGCAGCGAAGAUCAUUUUAAUAUUUCUGUGUCGCCAAAUAAACAAGAGGACAUGUGGAGGCCCUGGUAA